AUGCAGGGAUUUGAUGGCAUCAGAGACAAAAACGGCAAUUACCAUAAUGAGAUCGAUCUGCAUUUACUCAAGUCCCAGCACAACUUCCAGAGUUUCCUCCCACUUCACUUCCGCACUCUCCUGUUUCUUUGCAAAAUUUUGGCAAGGCUGGUGAUCGAGUGGCAGUGGGCAAAGUUUUCUUCAACCCGAUCCGCUUCCCCUUCGAGAUCCUGA